AUGUUCCACUGCAAUCUCUCCACCAUUAAGACAGUGGGUAGACAAUAUACCUGGAACAAUAAGCAAGAAGGGGAGGCAAGAGUUUUUUCAAGAAUUGAUAGAGUUUUGGCCAAUACUAGCUGGUUGGAUCUAUUCCCUACUACAGAAGCAAACUACCUCCCUGAAGGUGAGUUUGACCAUAGCCCUAUGUUGCUUUGCUUUCACAAAAAUGAUAACUUAAAAAGGCCUUUCAGAUUCUUUAAUAUGUGGGCUAAUGCUGAGAACUUUAUUGAUGUUGUUCAAACCAAUUGGGAGAAACCUCUGUUUGGUUGUACCAUGUACAGAAUCCUACAGAGACUCAAGUGGUUAAAGGUGGACCUAAAGAAAAUGAACAAGAAGGGUUUUAGUAAUGUUGAAGCUGAAAACACCAAACUCUACUCUAAUUUACUACAAAUCCAAGCUAGAUUACAUGCCACCCCAAAUGAUGGAAGCUUGGCUGAUGCUGAAAAGUUAGCUGCAGCUGAUUAUAAACAGGCUCACAAUGCUUAUAUGUCUUAUCUCCAUCAGACAGCCAAGAUUAAUUGGCUAGCUCAGGGGGAUGAGAACACUAGAGUUUUCCACCAGAGUAUCAAGCAGAGAAGAAGACACAAUACAAUUCACUCAAUUCAGAACAUGCAAGGUGAUAGGGUCACAACAAUUGAAGGGGUGAAAGAUGCCUUCACUCAGUUCUACUCUGAUUUGUUCUGUACUCAAAUGGAACACAGAACUCAUGUCAAACCUGUGAUUAUUAGUAGAGGGCCAACACUUAAUGAGUCUCAGAAAUCCUUGUUGGAUUGUGUUUUCCCAAUGGAUGAUGUGAAGAAGGCUCUAUUUUCGAUUCCUAACCACAAGGCUCCUGGAAUGGAUGGCUACAAUAGCUAUUUCUUUAAAACUGCUUGGCAUGUUGUCAAAGAUGAUCUCUAUAAGGCAAUUACUGACUUCUUUACCACAGGGAAAAUCCUCAAAGAAGUUAAUGCUACAUCAAUUACUCUAGUCCCUAAAAUCCCAGUUCCAGCAGCUGUGGGUGAUUUCAGGCCAAUAGCUUGUUGUUCUGUCAUCUACAAGUGCAUAUCCAAACUCAUCUGCAGCAAGCUCAGUUUGGUGCUUCCUGAGCUAAUCUCUCCCAAUCAGGGAGCUUUUGUUUCUGGUGACAUUACUUCAGUUAGUCUGCUCUUGGAAAGUUUUAACCUAUUCUCAAACACUACUGGCUUGCAAGCAAAUCCCUGCAAAUCCUCAGUAUACUGUUGUGGUAUCUCUAAUACUGACAAAGAAGGAAUCAGCGUUGUUUCUGGUUUCAGCUUUGGAGAGCUACCUUUUAGGUACUUGGGUGUACCAAUCAGUACCAGGAAACUUCAGGCUGGUGAGUGUGACCAACUGGUGAACAAAAUGGUUGCUAGAAUUAAAAUUUGGAGCUCAAGACAUCUUUCUUUUGCUGGAAGAAUGCAGCUUGUUAACUCAGUUCUAAUGAGUGUCAGUGUGUACUGGUGCCAGAUUUUCAUCCUUCCUAAGAGUGUUAUUAGGAAAAUUAACUCUAUAUGCAGAGCCUAUCUUUGGCAUGGUACGUAUGAUGAUAGCAGGCCCGGUCCAGUGGCAUGGAUUAACCUGUGUGUUUCAAAAACACAGGGUGGGCUUGGGUUUAGAAACCUUGCUAUUUGGAACCAAGCAGCUGUUGGAAAACUGGCAUGGUCCAUUGCUCAGAAAGAAGAUAAUUUAUGGGUAAAAUGGGUGCAUGCAGUCUAUGUUAAACAGAAGAACUGGUUGGUGUACAUGCCCUCUAUUGCUGCUAGUGGGGCAGUAAAGUAUCUCUGCAAAGUCAAACUUGAUUGUACCAAUAGGCUGCAUUCUGACUCUUGGCUGACAACCACAAAAUACUCUAUUGGUGACAUGUAUAAGCAAUUGAGUGAGCAACAGGCUAAGACCAAUUGGUCUCAUUUUAGAAUAGCUCUCAUCUGUUUUUCUCCUGUCACUACAGCACUGAAUGUUGUAGGAAAGUUCUGCACUGGUUGGGGGUUCAACACUCACAGAACAAGCUUGUUCAUGAUCCUCAAAUGGGCUCAUAGGCACUGUGUGGGUGGUUUUAGAAGGAGAGUUUGUUAUGCUGCUGUUGCAGGGGUGGUUUAUCAGAUUUGGAAGGCAAUAAAUUCAGCUAUUUGGGAUGUUAAGGUUCCAUCUCUGGAUAGCAGUGUUAACUGUAUUCAGUUUGAUGUUAGACAUAGAAUUAAGAGUAUCCUAGGUAAGAAAGUGAGUACUAGAGACAAGGAUUGGUUAUAUUCCUUGUAA